AUGGCCCAGCCAAGCCUCACCCUCCUCUCUGACCUAACUCCACCAUCCCUCGAGCGAGCAUGGCUCACCGCACCACACCCAACGCUCCCCAUCGUCGCGACCUGCAGCUCCGACAAGACCGUGCGAGUAUACUCGCUCACGAACUUCAAGCUCCUUUCCACAAUCACAGGUGGGCACAAGCGCAGCGUGCGUACCGCAGCCUGGAAGCCACACGUGCAGGGUGAAAGCGUGCUCGCGACGGGCUCCUUCGACGCCACAGUUGGUGUUUGGCGGCGGUGGGAUAGUUACGGGCGGGCAGAGGGCGGGGGCGCGGGGUGGGCAUUGAACAGCAGCGACAAUGCGUCAGCACCCAACGGCGAAACAGAUGAUGGGCUUGCAUCGCACAAUGACGACGACGAAGAGUGGCGGUUCGCCGUGCUGCUGGACGGGCACGACAGCGAAGUGAAGUCGGUCUCGUGGUCUGCGUCAGGGAUGCUGCUUGCAACGUGCGCGCGGGACAAGUCGAUUUGGAUCUGGGAGGACUUGGAUGACGGCGACAACAACUUCGAGACGGUCGCGGUGAUGCAGGAGCACGGGGGCGACGUGAAGUGCGUUGCGUGGCACCCUGCGGAGGAUUGUCUUGCGAGCGGAGGGUACGACGACACGAUCCGGGUGUGGCGUGAGGAUCUGGAUGACUGGGGCCAGGUGGCGUGCAUCAAGGCACACAGCGGCACGGUCUGGUUCCUGGACUGGGAGGGCGUGGACAACGUGCCGUCUCCUAUGCACGGGAGCGCAGAACUGGCCAGCCAGUGGCGUGAGCAGCGUGCACUCUCUGGGCCGCGGCUGGUAUCUUGCUCGGAUGAUCGGACUGUGCGGGUCUGGCGCCGGUUGCCGAAAGAAAGCGGGCAGAGCGGCCUGAACGCCUCUGCGGCGACGGGGAUCCCGAGUAUCAUCCGGCCAACGGGAUCUGACGAGACGUGGGAGGAGGACGCGGUGCUGCCGCAUGCGCAUGAGCUGGCCGUGUACGCUGUAGCAUGGAGCCGGCGGAGUGGUCUUGUUGCGUCUGUGGGGGCGGAUGGGCGGAUUGUGCUGUAUGAGGAGCGGGUUGUAAAUCAUCCCGCAGAUUCGGAUGCCAUGGACACUGAGCUUGCAGAAAAGCCUUCAAUCCAGACGGAAUGGGCGGUCCUUGCGGUGGUGGAUGGUGCGCACGGUAUUUAUGAGAUCAACCACGCCGCUUGGGCGAAACGAGCCGACCGCGGCUCUGCGGAGGAUGAAGAGGAAGAGGUUUUGGUAACGACUGCCGAUGACGGAAGUGUGAAGGUGUGGACGCUCCAGCGAUGA